AAAACCCUGUUUGUUUGGCUUUAUUUUCACCACAAAAAUCUAAUUUAAUUUAUCUCUAUGAAAAUGACAAGUAUGUCGGGGAAUUAUAUUCACUAAAAAAGCAAGUAGAGCAAAAGCAGGGAUAUUAUAAACAAUUAGAAAAAGAACGCAAGGAAUUAGAAGCAAAAAUUAUUCAACUACCCCCUUUUAAAAUAAAAAAUUAG